AUGCAGAAUGCUGGUCUUCGACUUGAUUUACAACAUUAUUCGCUCGACCAUGUUACUGCCAUUCAAAAUUUUGUUAAUCAAACAAUUGGAGGGGAAAUUCGAAUUGUCGUUUUCCAAAAAGAACAACAAUAUCGGAUUGUAUUUAAAGGUAAGCCUGUUAAAUUUUCCACAAAAUUUUAUUUAUCUAAAGGUUCGGUCCGUGCUGCCAGGUUUAACAUCUGCCUUCUGCUACAAAAUAACCACUACAAUUACAUUGGAAGGCCAGAGCAGCUGUUUCGCGCUCAUCGCUUUUGUAUUGAUUGUGAAAGGAGAGUAACUCGCUUAUAUCACUGGGCUGGUUGUAGUGUAGUUUGUAGACUCUGUAUGCGAACAGGACCGGAUUAUCCAUGUCAAAUAAUUGAGAGGAUCCCGUGCAAUGAUUGUGGCUAUGUGUUCCCUCAGCGGUCAUGCUUUGAUCAUCAUUUAACUAACCAUCCCCCCGAGGAAAUGACUGGGCCUCGAUCACGACCAUUUGCUUCAAUUUGUCAAUCGCGCCGAAUUUGCACAAAUUGUGGGCAUGUAGUCUUUGGUCAACAACAACUACAUAAUUGUAUAGCCCAACAACAACAACAACAACCGAUACAACAACAGGCAGUUGAAUGUAGUAAGUGUAAAGGACCUCAUUUUCCUGAACAGCCAUGCUUUAUUCAACCGCUUCCUAUUGACCAAAAUUAUAACAAUUAUGAGGAAGCCAAUCAAGAAGCAGAAACUGAAAAUGAAGGACAAGAACAGGGACGAAGGAAUAAAAAUAAAAGGCAAAAAUUAAGGCUGUGCUUUUUUGAUGCCGAAACAAGCCAAGAUCAACCUGUGCAAAUAAGUUCAAACAACAAUGGGUAUAAACAUAUUCCUCUUCUAAUAAUCGCUGAAGUUAUUUGUGAAAAUUGCAUUAAAGCGGGGAUUGGAAUUAAUGAAAUCGUGGUGUUCACCUCCAUUUAA